UUCUGUAUCUGUUACAGACAAGGAAGCUAAAUAUAGUCGGAGUCAACGACAGCAUGCACAUUCAACACACACUUCGGUUUAUUCCAGUUGUACAGUGUACUUUUUUCAGCUGUUAGCUAAUCCUGAUUGUUUACUAAUGGCAUGAUUCACAUCUAACUGCAAGAACGGAACCAUCAGUCCUGAGUGAGGAAUAUAAUUGACAGGAGUUCAUGUAAACAACUUAUAUCUGAAAUGAGAGGGCGCUAAAGAGAGACUCAUUGACAUUAUAGUUGUAACUGCCUGUCGAGGGCAGACCUUUGACAUUAUGGGACUGUCGGAUGACGCCGUGAUUGGCCGAGGCCUGAACAGCCCUGAUCCACUGGUGCGUGAGGCCUAUCUGAUGGCCUAUGACUAUAUCAACUAUGUAACGGCCGAACCUGGCGUCUCACCCGGACCAGCACCAACCCGAGUCACCGCUGCCCUCCGUCACGCGGGAGAUGAACUGCUCACCCGCUUCCCCAUCUUCUUCCGCCGCUGGCCGCGCGUCUUCCAGGACGUGACAGAACAUACCGCGUGCCAGGUGCUAGUAUCUAUCCUGGAUGAGCACUUUGCACCUACGAGGCGCAGAGAUCUCGCCUGGAGUGCCGUGCUGUCCGUGUUUGUUCUGGCUGGCCAAUUGGCGCUACACUGCCAGGAGAGAGGCAUGUCCGGUGUACUGCCCCAGAUUCAGGAGUGCGUGGGCAGAUACGUAGAGAGGGUCAUCUGCCCGGAAAUUAGGAAUAAAGGAGGAUGGGCAGGUUUUGUCUUUCGUUUUGGAGAAAAGCAAAAUCUUGAAGAUCAAGUGAAGAAUGUGUGCUGCUGGUCUCUACUCCUGCUGUGUGUUGGGAUCUUAAGCUACUUUGUAUGGACAAGAAGGAAAACUUAGACCACAGCGCCAUCUACUGAGAAAAUGUAUUAAGGACACUGAAUAUAUGAUGGGCGUGGCUGUAAUAUAUUUGGAAUAAAAUUCCCUGUAACUACGUCUAAAUAUUUACAGUUAUAAACGUACUGAAAAUACACAAUCUAAUAUUUCUGUUCGACUACUAGUAAGCAUUUAAAUCUUGAAAACAUAAAUCAGGACACAACGGAGUAGAUUUAGUACAUCUCAAUCAGUUUUAAUACAAGAAUCUCUUUACCAAAUUCAACUUUAGUUCUAAAAUACGAACUAAAGUGGGACAUGAAAGCAGCAUACCAAAUAAGAGAAUUUCUUCUGCAAAAGCACCUGAAAUUCCUGAUAUUUGUAUUAUUUUGUUUUAUAAAGUUUAUUUAAUCAAGUUCGGGUGGAACAUGAUAAUGUAAUCCAACCAAUGUGGCCAAAAGUGCCACAAAACUGUUUGCUUUCCUACAAUCUUCAAAAUAUAUUUUUUGGGGUUCAACAGGACAAAGAAAUUAUAAAGGAAUUGUUCCUACUGUGGUAAGUAGAACAGUUUUUGCAGCAUCCCAACUCCACCCCAUCGCCUAACUCUCUGCUGGCAUCUAUCCCAGUUGAGGAUGGGGAGCUCUGGGUUGGGGCCAAGAUUCAGAUCUCGUAACUCUCCCCUCGGGACAACAUGGCAAAUAUGCUUUAUUUUAUCAGAUUACAUGUUAACCCAAACUCAUAAGCAUUCUUUAUUAUCAAAAGCAGCCAAGUAAACAAUGGCUGGUACUGUUGACACACAUACAGCAUGAUCAUGUUAUUUUGACCAUUGAUGUCUGAAGCCGAAACCGGUUUAACCAGAAUCUAUCACACCAGUAUUUAACUGUGAACUUUACCCUUGCGGGUGAAAAGCUGCGAAAUAAAGACUCUGGUCCUUUAACAAAAGAAAAAGCCUUUUAUUGACAUCUGUACAGACAAGAGGCAAAAACAGAAGUGAAACCACUUAAAAGGGAAAAAAAACUAACAAGGAGCUUUGGAAAGAUUUUUCUUAAAUGGCAGCAAAAUGAUACAGCCAGGAAAACACACAUAUAUAUUAAGAGAUUUAAG